CAAGUUUUUAAAUGUACCUAGUACUCUACAUACUUACUUACUUGUUUUAAAUGUAUGUAACUCUACAUAUAAUUGGGUUCAAUUAUCAAAUCUCAGAUUCAGAUAAUGCGGAAGCGCGAAACAACAAAACUAGACUAUGUCUAUCUCUGUCGCUACACUGGCGGCGAGUAGCUCCAGCACUGCAGGUAGCAGGACUCUUCACGCCCCCGAUAUCACGUACAACAGCAGCGCCCACAAUGGAAACCCGAGCCGCCCUUUGUGCCAGUACCGGCCUGGUUCGACAACCUGACCAGUCUCUGUGACCACUCCACCUAAGUGGACGCUUCACCUGCCAGUACCAAUCCUUAAAACUAAAUGUGUGACGUGAAAACUUCAACAGAACAAUCCUGGUGCAAAAUUGUCCGUGACGAACCGAUCACAGUGCCCUCUGCACUAUGCAGACAGUGUACGACUACUAUGAAGACGACUGCCCCUGGUAUUACUUCGAUAGCUCCUACAAAACCUUACUCGGCGGUUGCCUCAUAGUUUUCGGUACGUUCGGGGUGCUGCUCAACGGUUGGCUGUUCGCCACAUUCAUCCACAGUCACCUCCUGACCCUGAGGAGCCACAUACUAGUGCUUAACCUUUGUACGGCGUCACUUGCCAGAAACCUGCUGGCAUUUCCAUUCGCGAGCUCAUCAGCAUUAGCCAAGAGAUGGCUAUUCGGGUCGUCAUGCUGCCAGUUGUAUGCAUUCGUGAAUCAGUUUAUUGGUGUAUUUCAAAUGGUGGCACUGGUCGUUAUUUCCUUGGAAAGAUAUUUUCAAGUUAAAGGCUUUAAAUAUGAGCAAGAGAUGAGCCUGUUCUUCCACUGGCUGCUGGUGGGCGUGUGCUGGGCGGCGGCGGUGGUGCUCGCCACGCCGCCGCUGUUCGGCUACGGGGUCUACUCGUGUGACGUCACCAGCACUGUCUGCACCUUCCUCUGGCCCUCGCUGCUCUCCGGUGCCAAGCAGCUCGGCUUCAGCAUACUUUUACUUAUACUCGGUGGCUUAUUACCUAUUUUCAUUAUAUUUUACUUCAUUAUCAGGACAAUACCGCUAGAAAAGAGAUACUACAAAGGGGAACAACAAAAAGACUUCCGUAGUCUUACUAAGACUCUGCACGGGGUGUGCGUGACGACGCUGGUCCUGUGGCUGCCGUCGGCCGUGCUGGCGGCGUGGCAGUGGGCGCCGCUGCUGGUGUACGGCUACCGGCUGCACGUGCCGCCCGCCCUCGCCGUCGUCGCGCCCGCUGCUGCUGAGGCGGCAACGAGCGUCCCUGUACUAUGCUAUCUGCUGGGAAACGAGCGACUCCGAGCAGCCCUGCUGGGCCGCAUGAGGAAACACUACGCACUGCUGCGGCCUGAUAAAGCGAAGCGAUUCCACCGAGCAUAGGAGCGUCUCGUGGUACCGGCCAUUGGAUCACCGUUUGCAAAGAAAAUGAAGAACAUCCGGCCGGACAUAAUCUAAUCCCGCGCUGGCGGGAAGCUGGAUGGCUGGUGUGGGUCAAAGACUAAGUUAUCAAGAAGACAGGAGCUUUAAAUUAAUUAAAGUAUUUUUUAUCAAUUA